AUGAAGUCCCGUGGUUUCACCCGCCAACCUUCGGAGGGACAAGAUGGAGGCCCGGGAAGCCCGCCGUACUUUGCGCGUUGGAGUGUUUAUGACGUCCACGAGGACAAGAGCCACUUUAGCAACCCCCACCGCAAAAGUCAUGGUGCCGGAAGUAAUACCAACGACAGUUACGGCAAUCAUAAUAAUAACAAUAAUAACGGUAACGAUGAAGAGCCUGGAAGAUGGUGGCCGAGCGGUGAAGACGAAUUGAGUGCAACCAGCAGCGUGUUGAACGUACACGUCCGCGAAAAGCACAGCCGCCCUACCAUAAACUACACAGUCCCACUCCAACAGCUAGUGGGAGGCGCGGGUAUCGCCAAACAUAAUCAUCAAGCGGUGAAUAUCCCACUCUUCAUGGAAGACGAUGAGGACGAGGACGAGAAUGCCGUUGGUGGCAUUGCCGGGAAUGAUGUUGUUAUCGGUGACAGUGUCAUUGGUUGUGGUGGUGGUGGUGGUGGUCACAAAAACAACAGUCCUGAGGAGAAAGACGCUGAGAACAAGGAAGAUAAUUGGCUAGAUUACUACUGCCGAUACAACUGCAAAGGUAACAAUAGCUGCGGCUUCAGCGGUGAAAAUGUUGACUACAGUCACAACUACAACAGGAACAACAGUCAAUAUAGCCACGUCUACAGCACGCACAGCGCCUACGGCAGGAUUCCAAUGACUAGUGGUGAUGCCGAUGUGGAAAGAGGUGACAAGAGGAAGGCCCCUGCAACAACGCCAACAAUAACGGUUCCAAACGGGGAGUGGACGCAGUCUUUCACGGGUGUGAGCGGCGCCGUGAACCCACAGGCGCCUACUGGAGCCACAGUCUACACGGCAAGCCGCAUGAGGUACAAAAAUGCUAACAGUAACGACGGCAAUGCCCACAUAAGCAACGUUUACAACAUCAAUGCUGUCAGCCACGGCAGUGGUACCAACGCCGGAAAGGCCCUACCUCCUGUCAGGCAGACAGCUGCCACGGCCAUGGCUACCUCUUCAGCAUCAUCAACAAUCGGUUUCGAAGCUGCAGCCGCGAGUAUCAUCGCGGCCGCAGGUUUACCCCUCGGCACCUUGUCGUUGGCGAAUUAUAUCAUGGAAGGACAACCACGACUCCCUUCAAGACAACCAGUGCAGAAACAGCAACAGGGGGGCUUUGACCGAAACCAUCAGGAGCUUACCUUGAAGGGGAAUCCCAUGUCUUCACCAGUUUCCCCACCACCAUAUUGUUACAGUUCCGUGGGCAACACCUCCAGCCUUAAAAUGGCUCAUUUUUCUAACGCCACAGGCGCGACCAACAACACGUGUAUAUCUGUCUGGACCGGCAAGUCGUGGGGCAAUGAACAAAACUCGCCAUUUAUUCAAAUCAAACAUGCCCAGCAGCCAACUGCGAGAGGUAGUGACGGUCAGAAACAACAACAGCAGCAGACCAAAGCGUACAGUGAAUACCUCAGUGAUUUAUUAUACUUCCACGCGGACUUCUUUCCUCCACCGUCGCCACCACGGGGGCUACCCUUUCCUCCUUCAUAUGAUGCCGCGGGCACCACAACAUCAUCAUUGUAUUCAUUAUCGCAACUAUCACCUUACUGCUCCUCAUGUUGUGGCCGGCGAGCGGCUCUGUGGUAUCACUACGCAAGCAAAUGGAAUAUCACCCACCGCCUUCCGCCUCCUCCACGCACACCGUUACCUGAAAUGCGGGAGCAGGAAGAGUCACGAAGGCGAAGAAAACAACAACAACAACAGCAGCAGCAGCAGCAACGCCAGCAACAACAGUACCAUUACCAACAACAGCAACACCAUUACAAAGUGGAAGGGGAAUAUGUUCGUGAUAACCGACAAGGGCUACCAUGCACUCCGUAUGAUAUCAGUGGUUGGAUGAAAAUGUGUGAGCGGUGGUUUGAUGUGGCGCAACGUCAGUUCAAUUACCCACCAGAGAAUAUCCCUGUGAGGGUUUCACCAGGAUUUGUGCUGCGCCACGUUGCGCUAUGCUAG